AGCCAUGAAGCACAUGAUCAUCUUGUUCACUGGCAAAGAUGAUUUGGAGGGUCAGAGACUAAGCGACUUUAUAGCAGAGGCAGAUGUGAAGCUGAGAAGUGUUGUCCAGGAGUGUGGGGACCGCUUCUGUGCCUUCAACAACAGAGCAGACGAAGCCAAGAAGGAAGCUCAAGUGCAGGAGCUGGUGGAGCUGAUAGAGAACAUGGUGCAGAAGAACAGAGGGACUUACUUUUCAGACGCCAUAUACAAGGACACAGAGCACAGGCUGAAACGACAGGCAGAGAUCUUGGAGAAAAUCUACACUGAUGAAUUAAACCAUGAAAUUGAACUAGUAGAAAAGGAAUUUGCUGAUAAACUGCAAGAAAAAGAGGAAAAACUUAAAUCACUGAAGAAGAAAUAUGAGGAACGAAUAAAAAAUAUAAGGCAAGAAGCCGAGAGUAAUAUAUUCCAAGAUGUUUUAAAUGGGAUUAUGAAGAUGCUUUCAAAAAUAUGGCAUAUGUUUUGGAAGUAAUGUAAAUUUCAUUUUUUUCUUAAUCUGCUAUGAUUUGUAAUGUGGUGGAUUAUGUUUUCCAAAGAUGGUUUCUACAGUGUCUCUUAUCCUACUUAUUCUUCUGCUAUCUGACCUUGUUACUCCUUUCAUUGAGUUAAUGGAUCUGUGCCCCUUACCCUGAAAUUGGAUGGACUUUGUGACUGCUUUGAUAAAUAGAGGAUAGUUGAAGCAACACCAUGUGACUGCUCAGGUUCAAGAGGGAAUUGACUCAUUGCUCUCUUGUCAUGCUUGCCUUUGGAACUUGGCCACCAUGUUGUGAGGGAGCCCAGGUUGCCCAUGGGAAGGCCCACAUACAAGGAUUUCAAGUCAUGGGCCCACUUCCCUGGAUGAUCUUUCAUCUGCCAGCCUCGCAAGUGAGGUAACACAGAAGUGGACUGUCCAGCUGCCAACUGAGCCACCUCUGAUGAAGAUGCAAAGAGCAAAGAUGAGCCACUCACACUGAGUCCUGCCCAAAUUGCAGAUUCAUGAGAAAAAUAAAGGAUUCUUGCUGUUUUAAACCACUAAAUUGUGGGAUGGUUUGUUAUGCAGCAGUAGCUAACCAGAAUUAAACAUCUUCACAGCUCAUCACCUACCACUC